CAAGUCAGUCUUGGAGUGUCUUUUGCUCGGUGUGGUUCGUCGCACGGCGAAGUUGCGUUCGGUCGCGAAACGGUUCCCCAUUCGGACGGUCCGUGGAGGACCUUACAUGUAGAAGCCAGACUUGUGUGUUUUUUUUUUGGUUCUUUUUUGCUCUGUGUGAUUGGCCUCUAUUCCUCUUGCUGCUGGUGCUGCUCAAUCAAAAACAAUAAUUAUUUUCUAGUUUUGCGUGCGGGUUGUGGACGAGUGAGGGAGGGAGAGCCAGCGUUGGAUUUGCCUAUUUUUCUGAUGGAUUGGUGCGGGGGCUAGUUCUUGUGGAGGAUUGGUCAAUCAAAAGUGGGGUGGUUGAAAAGUGCGAAAUAAUAAGCAAGAAGAUGUAUUGACGGCGAAAAAUGCUGGGAGCAGUGGCAAAGUUUUUACUCGAGUGAAUGUGGGUUAUUCGAAAGUUUUUUUUGUCUGAAAAUUUGAAAUAGAGGAAUUGAUUCGUCAGUGUACUUUGUCGAGGGGCGGGACAGUGAAGGAGUGUUAUCGUCAUGUUUCACGCAUGAAAACGUAACAAAAUCAAUCUAAAGGCAGUUUCUGUAUGGAAAAGUGCGUAUGCUCUCGGAAUCAAGCCGAAUUUCAUUCAUAGAGUUCGUCGAUGAAAUAAUUUUAAAAGAAAAGUUAUAGAUCUUUGUUUAAUUGAAAAAGCAAAAAAAAAAUCUGCCCUCCUUUAUCUUCUUCAUCGGAUACCAAAAAGGAUGAAUUUGGUCGUUUCGUAAGUGGUGGAAAAUAACGAAUGUGUGUGGAGAGAACAGGAGCAAAAGGAAAAGGAUUGCGUUGCGUUCAUUCCCGUCGGUUUGCGUGAAGGAGCGAUUGUCUGAAGGCUGGCAGAGACAGCAGUCAGUGCAGCAUAAAAGGUGUGUAUUUCUGCGAUUAUUGAUAAUGACCAUUCUCGUGCACCGAAACCGCUUGUAAACCUGAUAGCUUCACUACAUCCAAGCGCGAUUCAAACCGAAACGGACGACAAGGCCACUUAACACUAAUUACCGAUGAUUAUGCUCUUCUACACACGACAACACGAUAGGGUAGGUCGUUAGGGUAAUCUUCCGAAAGACAGCCACCUCGUGGUCGUGGUGGUGGCGCCUUGGACCUAGAUUUUUUCACACGCGAAGAACUUCCUUUGCGACGACGAUCAUCAGGAUCACACGCAAAGACACAAAGGCUACAACCAACGGUGAUGUGUCAUUCGAGCGGAAGUUUACCUGCAAGCCUACACCCGCACAUGCCACUAGGUCCUGAAAUAAAUCAAUCAUUCCCGCCGAAUCACGCUGCAGGCCUUCCGUCAUCAGCGAUGGGAGUGCCCCGAAGUAGCAGGACUAAUACCAAAGUGAAGCUCUCGCCAAGCUGCCAUCCGAGGACCACCGACAGCCAUAGCCAAAUCGCCAUCACAACAAGCAGCCAUCGAAGGCAUUCCUCCUCCACAGACAUGAUCUCAUCAUCGACGCGGCAAUCCAGGCGCAGCGCAGGACGACCCCUGUGGACGCUGGCGGCCGUCUCAUUGCUCAUCGCCGUUUUUAGCAGUAGCCAAUCCACUAGCGUACAAGCCGCGGAGUCCUUCAUCCUGAAGAUCCGCACGACUGAGUUUUCCAACAUUAGCGAAACGCCAACCUUCCUCAGCUCAACGGCGUACAAUGCCCGCGGGAUGGGGCCACUGUACAAUCUGACCAACCUGGUGACCAAACUGUUCGUCGACACCAAUCCGGUGCCGGAGGGUUACCUCAUCGUCCAGGAAGGGACCAUCGAGUUGGGUCCCAAUGUGCAGGAAAACAACUGGGGUCCCCUGUUGCGGGAGUAUUGGGCCGUCCUGUUGGUGACGGUCAUCUGCGUCCUGCUGAUCGCCCUGAUGCCCAUCAUUGGCCUAUGUCUGUGCUGUUGUCGGUGCUUUGGCGGAUGUGGUGGCCGCACGCAGCCCUUCGAUAAAAAGCAUGACACCUGCCGGCGGGUGCUUCUGGGACUGUUGCUGAUUUGCACCACAUCCUCGCUAGUGUUUGGCGUGGUCAUUGCCUACGCCACCAACAGCUACAUGCAGCAAGGCGUGGAAAACAUCACGACCUCGGCGCGGUACGGUGUCGACGAUACACGUGAAUUCCUGCAGACCACCUCGCGACAAAUCUCCCAACUGCUGGACACCAACUAUCAGGAGCUUAGCAGCCAGCUGAAGAAAACUCUGAACGAAGCGUCGGACGUCAUUAUACAACGGCUCGAGGAGGAAUCCAAAGCCGAGAAGCUCAACACGUUGAACGAAUUCGUCGAACAGCUGCCGGCCAUCAAGCUCAAUCUGGAUCGGAUGACACUGCUGACACGGGAACUGCGGGUCAAUGCCUCGCAACUUAACGACGGAUUGCGUGGCGUCAAGCGUGAGCUCUUGAGCUCUUUGACCAAGUGCGGCACCCAGGAGUGUAUCAACGUGAUGGAGGAUUACAAAAUCGGCCGAUUGGACACGAAUGGAAUCGAUUACAACUCGAUACAAGACAGAUAUUUCCCACGGCUACCGGACCUAAGCGAAAUCACCAACAACGUCCAGGAGCUGGUAUCCGAUAACAUCGCCGAAACGGUCCAGAACGGUGUCCGAGAGCUGGAGAGCCUAAAACAGAACCUGAAGGAAACCGUGCGGAAUCGCAUACCUCAGGUUACGGCCGCUGCCGACAGUACCGGACGUGCCAUCAAAUCCGCUUCUGAUGAGCUCACAUCGAAGCUGAACAACGUCAACGACCUGAUUGGGAACAACACGUUGCGGCAUUUGAACACGGCUGAUGGAUAUAUUGCACAGUACAGUAUCUACCGGUAUUAUGCCGGAUUGGCGGUGAGUUCGAUCUUGCUGCUGAUAUUGUUGUGUUUGAUUUGCGGAUUGCUGUGCGGAAUCUGUGGUAAACGACCGGAUGGUUAUGGGGACGAUUGUUGCAAUAAGGGUGCUGGAGGGCGAUUCUUGAUGUUCGGGGUCUUCAUAAUAUUCCUCACCUUCUCGGUGAUGUUAACGAUAACGUUGGUGUCCUUCCUGGCGGGAAGUCUCGUCCGACGGAGCGUCUGUGAUUCCUUGAAGCAGCCCUACGAAAGUCAGAUGAUCGAUUACAUCGAUACGUAUUUCAAUCUGAACAAACACUACGAACGGAUAGGGACUCAAAGCGCGCGGUCCAAAUGGAAGCAGCAGGCAACGAAUCGGAAGCUGGAUCCGAUUCGGAUUGCCGAUGUGAUAGAGUCCUGUCGUGGAAACAACUCGAUAUACCAAGUGUUGAAGUUGUCCAACUUCUACGACAUCCAGGAAAUCCGGCAGUUCCCCGAGGAGUACGGAAUCACACGGGAGCUGGAACGGCUCAAGGAUGAAAUCAAGGUUCCAACGGUGGAAAUUUUGGACGAACAAGCUAAAAAGAAUAUCGGCAUCCUACGGGAUUCCCGUUUGAACGAUUUCGUGGCUUACAAGUUUGUUGAAAAUUUGACGAGCAACAUCACACAGAACAACCUGAAUGAUAUUGCCAACGAGUUGCGCAAGGUGGCCAAUAAGGUGCCGCCGGGUAAGGAUAUGAACGAGAUCAAGGUUAACCUGAAGAACCAAGCCCUGCAUUUGUCUUCAUAUCAGUCCAAUCUAGUCGAACCGAUGCUUCGCUACACCAGUGAACUCGUCAACCUGUCGACCACGCUGGACCACAGUCUGAAAUUCGGUCGCGAGUCAUUCGCACUGGCCAUCGAUGAAUUCCUGACCGAGAUCCAAGCGGCCGAAGAGUACAUCAACGUGCAGGGUCAGCAGUUUGUGGUUGCGGUGACCACCGAACUGACGGACGGCUUCCUGGAGCAGAUCCACGGGUAUCUGAACCUGGUCAUCGAGUCCACCAGCAGGCACAUCGGUCGUUGCGGACCCCUCUCCAACGUGUACGAAUCGAUGCAGGUGGCCACCUGCAAUAGGAUUGUGGAUCCAUUCAACGGCUUCUGGGCUGGAGUUGGAUGGUGCCUUGCCAUCUUCCUACCAACAAUCGUACUGUGCGUGAAGCUAUCCACGCUGUACUCUAAGUCUGAUCCCUAUCCCGGGCCGCUGGUCGAAUCGGAAUACCUGUAUGAUGCGUACAGUGAACGGGACAACAUUCCACUAGCGAGCGGACCGAAAAACAAGCGCCGUAAGAAGAACGAUCGUCGUCGGGAAUCCCGCGAUCGACGUGACGUGUACUACGAGGAUGGAAGCCCUUCCGGAGGGCACAGCCGGGAACCCAGAUACAAUGACAUGGCGCCAAAUCUAGUGCCUCAGAUUCCAUCAAUACUAACCAAUAGCAGUAGUAAUGAGCGUGAUCUUCCCGGAGACAUUCCGGAAUCGCCCUUCAAGGUGACAACCAGUCCUCCGCCAUCACCAAAUCGAUUACUCAGCCGACUCUUCCAACGCUCAAUGUUCGAAGACUUCCAGAGAGUCGGCAGUCGUCCAAGUGGUGGCGGCGAUGACACCGGCUGCGGCUGGGAAGUUAAUGUUAGCCGUAGCAAUAGCAGUGUCGGUUCCAUCCGCUCGAUGGGCAUCCUGGCCAGCAGAACGCCUUCGCCGCUGGAUUAUCGAACGGUUUCGUUCCGAAGGCCACGAUCGCUGAUGGACGACAUCGACAAAUCAAAACGGGAACGCUCGUCCUCCCGGACCGACAGCGGAUUCGAGCGUUACUAACAUGCCCUCUAAACGACUGUGAUAGACAACCGAGAAUAGGCAAUCAUAAUCCAAGCGCUUCCACCAAGUCGCCAACUAACAAACAGAAAUUGGGACGGCGCUCCACCACGCUAUCAGAAUCCACCGAUGGCACCGCCGGCGACUGAAUACGAGCGCCCACCACCGUACUACUAUCCGGGUGCUCCCAGCGAACACGAGUAAGCCAGCUUCCCAUCUACCACAAAUCACAUGAUACUACAUGAUAUUAGCCUCCAGAAAAUGCGAUCCAGAUCACUCAUGCACACAUACAGACGUGCUAGUUUCUUACGGAAGAGCGCUGGUGUGGAAGUGCAGGAUCGAUUUUUAAUCGACAGGAUUUGUACUAGCAAACCGAUAGGUAUCGCGAUUUGCAGUCAGGCAGAAUCGCGUAGGAAAGUGUAAAUAAUUAUUGCUUUUCCUAGUUCUUUUUUGUUGAUAAGAUCAUUUGAAGUUUCCUCCAAUUUCGAUCAUUAUUAGUUCACCCUUUGAUUAGACACAUUUUCAGAAAGCUUGAGUUCGGUUCGUUUCGAUAGUUUAAUGUAGAACUAAAAUCCAUUCCAAAAAGCCAAUUUGCUCAAAUCAAACAUCAACCAACUAGUGAACUUGGAACCUUUUACCCUUUUUCCAACUUUUUAUUCAGCAAUAUUUUUUAUUCAGUGUAAGAACUUUAGAUGAGAUUACAUUUCACGGGAAAAGAACAACCAAAUAAACGGAAGCGAAUCCCCAGUACAUUGAAUUUAACCAAACUGCCAUUUUUAGUCUUACAAUUACAAGUGUCCCAAGUGAAUGCCUCACUUUUUUUCCCUUGGCACUCCUAGCCGGAACUAAUGUACGUCGGGCACACUUUUGUCGAAGUUCUAAUAAAACCAUUUGAAAUUGACGUUUCCUAUGACUUUCUAUGGACGAUUUUCGAAUCGAUUCGUCUAUACCUAAUUAGACGAGUAGGUUCGAAGCUCGCCAGUAAUCCAACCGGAUGUUCUAUGUAACUUUCAAUGCUCCCAAUACUGCUGCUAUAAAUAGAGUAAAGAAGCUAAACCAUCUACUGAAUUAGACGUACUUUUGCCGAGAACCAACCGUAAAAUUAAUCAAAUUUUUUGAUAGUAACAAAUCAACAAAGUAUAUAGAUGAAAGGCUGAUUAAAUCUUAAUCGAAAACCAGAACGGGACAGAAAGAGAAAGGUGUGAAGCAAAACUCGGAAGGUGACAAACGAUGGUGGUUUUUAGAACGAAUAAUGAGGAGAAUGAUUCGAAGCCGGAUCGGAUGUGAGGAGAGAAUAGUGAUAAUUAUUAUUUUAUUAGGAGUCGUUUCGUAUGGAUUAUGAAAAUUGUGAUUACGUUUAGUUAAAGUUUUCUUUUUAUUUCUGAGUGAGCAAUUUUUAUGAGAAUUAUGUUAGGAAUCUCUCAGAGUAGUAUUUUUUUGUUUAUGUUUUUCCUGAAUGAUUGAUUUGGUAUCGUUUUCACUACAAACAGUUUUUUUUGUUGCAUUGAGCGCUGAGAAUAAGUGAGAUAAUCAGAUAAUCAUUCUACUAUCUUAAUGCAAUCAGUUGCAAUGUCAUUAUUACAAGCGAUGUGUUUACUUACUACUUCUUCGCGCUCAAUACCCAUAAUUACAAACAACUAUUCAACAGAAAGCAGUGCGUGCUUCAGUCAACUCAAAAUACAAUUUGAAGUUAACUACAUCAAGUAAGGGAAUUAGUCACAGCAAAGUGGUUUAAGAGAAUAGAAAAAAAUAACAAUGAUUCAAUAUAGCAGAAACAGAAGUCGAUAACAAUAAUCAAAGAUCCAAAUAGACAUUCACAAACGCUCAGUAGUAGCAGUACUAUUGAUAGUUGUAAAUCAUGUAGAGAUGAUUCGCCAUCGCAGGAGAAACCGAUGAGAGGUGUCUCAUCGCAAAAGACCAGUUUCAUUUGCUCACUGAACGUGGUUUUUACUAUUAACGAAGUGGGCAAGUUGCAUUUAGUUUUUACUUUAUAUUCUAGUACAGUAGGUAAUUGGCCAACCUUUCCCUUGGUGUAAAAAAACAUUGGGAGAACGACAAAAACAAAACAAAAAAUGGCUGCCGAUUAUAUUUUUACGGUAAGAAAAUUUGCAAAAGCAAACGUCAUUUUACGAGAAAUUGUUCAAAAGCAUACCUUACAAGCAAAGAUAAAUUGAUAAAAGACUUUACAUUACUUUCACUGUAUAUCUAUAUCAAUGUGAAAACAUUUUAACAUGUAAAAAGAGUAACAAGAAAAAAACAUUUUGUAACUCUUCACAAGAUCAUCCUUUUAGAUGUUCAAAUACACAUUCAGUAACAAGAAAAUGAAGAAAACAAAAAAGAUAUCACAUACACGAAAUUCAAUAUACAACUGUAAUACGUGUCUUUGGCCGCCAUGCAAGCGGAUCACAAAUGAUUGGAUUACCUACUAAGAUUUGAACGUGAUCAUACCGAUUAAAUAAAAGUGCUAAAUAAUCCGAA